AUGGAGCGAACGGUGCCGCACGCGGUGCCGCUGGGUCAGGUGGAGGUAUUUCAGGCCCUAGAGAGGCUGCACAUGACGGUCUUUUCCCAGAGCGUGUCCCCCUGUGGGAAGUUCCUGGCGGCUGGCAACAAUUAUGGGCAGAUUGCCAUCUUCAGUUUAUCUGCUGCCUUAAGCUCUGAGGCUAAAGAAGAAAGUAAGAAGCCCGUGGUGACCUUCCAAGCUCAUGAUGGGCCUGUCUACAGCAUGGUGUCCACUGACCGACAGCUGCUCAGUGCUGGGGACGGAGAGGUGAAGGCCUGGCUGUGGGCUGAGAUCCUCAAGAAGGGCAGCAAGGAGCUGUGGCGUCGUCAGCCUCCAUACAGGACCAGCCUGGAAGUGCCUGAAAUCAAUGCUUUGCUGCUUGUCCCCAAGGAGAAUUCUCUCAUUCUUGCCGGAGGAGACUGUCAACUACAUACUAUGGACCUGGAAACGGGGGCUUUCACGCGAGCCCUCCGGGGUCACACGGACUACAUCCACUGCCUGGCAUUGCGGGAGCGGAGCCCCGAGGUUCUGUCAGGUGGCGAGGAUGGAGCUGUGCGGCUUUGGGACCUGCGCAUGGCCAAGGAGGUGCAGACGAUCGAGGUGUACAAGCAUGAGGAGUGUUCCAGACCCCACAAUGGGCGCUGGAUCGGAUGCUUAGCCACCGACUCCGACUGGAUGGUCUGCGGAGGGGGACCAGCCCUCACCCUCUGGCACUUACGGUCCUCCACACCGACCACCAUCUUCCCUAUGCGGGCACCACAGAAGCAUGUCACCUUCUACCAGGACCUGAUCUUGUCUGCUGGCCAGGGCCCGUAUGUCAACCACUGGCAGCUGAGUGGGGAGCUUAAGGCCCAGGUCCCAGGCUCUUCGCCGGGGCUGCUCAGCCUCAGCCUCAACCAACAACCAGCAGCUCCCGAAUGCAAGGUCCUGACAGCUGCAGGCAAUAGCUGCCGCGUAGAUGUCUUCACCAACCUGGGCUAUCGCGCUUUCUCCCUGUCCUUCUGACCUCUUCACACCCCAGCACCCCAGGCGUUGGGAAAGCUUUUUCUUUUUUUUACAAAUAAAGUUUCCAAUGUUUGUUU